GGGACUGGGCUGACACACACAUUGGGUAUAAUGCAGUAUUAGAUGUGGUUGACCACCCCCAUGGUGUAGUGAGAAGGGCCCCCUGAUGUGGGACUGAUUGGCUCAGUGAUAAUCACAUUCAGCCGUCUGUCUCCUCCAUUAUUUGGCCGUGGCUGCGGCAGUUUCUGGGAACGGUGUGUGAGAUGCUCGCUCCUGCUCUACAUUCACCUCCCAGUCACAGCUAAUUAUAGCGCUUUCCUGGUAGAGGACUACUGCUCCCAGCAUGUACGCCUUCUACUCUCUGUUGGUCUACAUUAUCUACACCUUUUUCAGGAGGCUGCCGGCUACAGGAAGAGAAGAGAGACCCCCAGACGACAGCUCCGAGCAGGCAGGUUCCCCUGUGGUGGAGACAGACAAAUCCAGGCAGAACAUAUUGUGGCCGGAGCUAGAUGAUCUGGAAAGUAGUGAUGACAGCAGUGAGAUCUCGGCGUCGGAGGAUGAGGCCGGAGGGUCUGACGAUCACUUAUUGGGAGAUCUCCGCUCCCCCCUCACUGAGUUCCUGGCCUUUAAGCAGGAGAGCAGCGCCGAACGAUCCGCGUCUACCGGUCAGGACCCCAGCAAGCCGGCAUCCCCGCUCCUCACCGUCAUGUCCCAUCUCAUCACCUUCCUGGAGCAUUACUCCCAGAUGCAGCGGCUGCAGAGUACGGCUCAGGAAUACCGGGCCCAGCUCCACAGGGAGGAACACCGGCGCAAGAAGCAGCUGAGGACCCUCCGCGAGGCCUACAAGCAGCGCAUGCAAGACAAGCACAGUCUCAUCCAGAGUCUGGAAAGUGUCAUCUGUGAGCAGCAGAGCGUUCUGGAGAGACUGCAGGGAGGCGUCCUGUGCCCCCUGUACCCCGUCUCCCCUCUGCCCCACGUGGGGGUUCACAAGCUGGUGGAGUCGAUCAGCGUCCUGCAGGGGGAGAGGGCGCAGCUGCAGGAAGAGAUUGGGGGGCUGAAGCAGGAUAUGGAGGAGAAGCAGAUGGAGCGGGAACGUCUCUCUCACACCCUGCAGCAACAGAUAGAGGAGUUAAAGGGGAGGAUUGAAGAGCGCGAGGAGGAGCUGUCACAGCUGAGACUGGAGAUGGGUGUGACGGAUUCGGAGAAACAUAUCCAGAAUCUGAGUGUGGAGAACGAGGGCCUGAAGCAGAGUCUGAGCGUCACUCAGGGGUUACUGGAGAAAUUAGCUGCUGUGAACACUCAGCCGUCAGCUCAGCUUGUCAAGGAGAACGAGGACCUAUGCACUAAGGUGCAUCAUCUGGAGACGUCUCUGCAGGAGAAGGUGGAACAGCUGGUGUACACUAAAGGUCACAUGGACACCAUGAAAUGGCGCAAGGAUGAAGAGACCCAUCAGCUGGAGGAGAAGAUCCGUGGACUGCAGCUAACACUGGAAAAUGAGAAAAAAAGGCCCCCAGACAUACAGUACGUGACCCAAACGGUGGAGUCCCCCAGGCUGCUGCAAUGCCUAGAACACGCUGAGGAGAGAAACCGGGCGCUGCUGGACCAAGUCUCCCACCAAGGUGAGAAGUGUCAGCAUCUGGAGGAGCAGCUGAGGAGAUCCGGAGACCUGACCUCCACCCUGCAGGCUAAGAUCUCUGCCUACGAGUCUGAGAUCGGGAAACUGAAGGAGGACCUGAUGCAGGAGAUCCACCAGCUGGAGGCUCAGAAGGAAGACGCCAUUAAAGAGGCCUCAGAGUGCUCUGAGCAGCAUAUGGAGGAUCUGAAGGACCAGCUUGCGGGCCUGCAGAGCCGUUUGGCGCUACUACAACCUGCCCUGAGGAACAUGAAAAACAACUACAACAGUCUCAGAAGCCAAGUGCGGAACUUCUCUCACUUCUACGAGGACUCUAUCAGGGAGGCUCGGAACCAGAUCUGUAACGCAGUGACGGAUGUGUCAGAAGCCAACCGAGACCUGCUAGAGAAAUACCGGCGGGAGAUGCAGCUGCGCAAGAGAUACCACAACCAGCUGGUGGAACUAAAGGGAAAUAUCCGUGUUCUGUGCAGAGUGAGGCCGCACCUAGGACCCAGUGAUGAGGACGGUCCCGCAUCCUCCGCCGUAAUCACAGAUGUCAAUGACGACACCAAACUCACCAUGGUUUAUAAAGGGAAGGAGCGGAACUUCGAGCUGGACAAAGUCUUCUUACCUCAAGCCACACAGGAAGAGGUCUUUCUGGAGAUAGAACCCGUGGUCACAUCCUGCAUCAAUGGUUACAACGUCUGCAUCUUUGCAUAUGGACAGACUGGCUCUGGGAAAACCUACACCAUGGAGGGGACAGCGGAGCACCCGGGCAUAAACCAGCAGGCUCUGAGGUCUCUAUACCAGGAGAUGGAGGCCCGGAAAGGCCUGUGGAGAUAUACAGUCACCCUCAACAUGGUGGAGAUCUAUAACGAGGCCAUCAGAGACCUCCUUGCCAAAGACCCUCAGGAAAAGCUGGACAUCAAGCUGAAUCCUGAUGGGAGUGGCCAGCUUCACGUACCAGGACUGACCAGUAUGGAGGUGAAGAGUUUCCGGCACAUCAAGAAGCUCCUGUCACUGGGUAAGAGGAACAGAGCCACCUUCUGCACAAACAUGAAUGAGAGAAGCUCCAGGUCCCACGCAUUACUCACUGUCACCGCAACAGGACAGGAACUGAGCUCCGGAGCCGUUACCACAGGAAAGCUGAACUUGGUGGAUCUGGCCGGCUCGGAGCGAGUGUGGAAGUCCGGGGCGGAGGGGGAGAGGCUGAAGGAAGCACAGAAUAUAAACAAGUCUCUGCUGGCUCUGGGAGAAGUGAUUCAGGCACUAAGGGCCAAGCAGGGCCACAUACCCUUCAGAAACUCCAAACUCACCUACCUGCUGCAGGACUCUCUGGGCAAGGGCAACAAAACGGUCAUGAUGGUUCAGGUUUCACCGCUGGAAAGUAAUGUCGGGGAAACAGUCUGCUCUCUGAACUUUGCUCAGCGGGUCUGUAAAGUAGAGCUGGGUCCAGCUUCCCGCAGGAUUGAUCCAGCUAAACCAGAGAUGUGACCAAUCCCGGGUAUGCCGCCGCCAUCUGCGCCCGGGUCGGUGGACGAAUGGGAGAGGACGUCUUAGGAAGAUGAACCCUAUGAUACUCUGUGGUGAUUGGAACGAUGCUAGCACACAUCAGCAGGGCCGUGAGAUACAAGCUGGCAGUAUACACCCCGUCAGUGCCGAGGGACCUACAGCGUAUAGGGAAAGAUGUCAGAGUAAGGACAGGCAGAUGGUGCACACUGACAUCAGCGGCCAGCCCAAUUACUAGCAUUGGUCUGUGCAGCGCCGGCAUACUCAGUCUUGGUUUACUAUGAGGAACAAAGCAGCAAUAAGGUGAGACAGGGGUCUGAGGGCCCCGCUCACCAGCUUCCUAUCUAUAUAUACACAGCACAGCUCCGCCCACUGGUAAUCAUGGCCGUCUCCAGUCACUAAUCGCGGAGAUGUCAAUAUUUUGGCAAUGUAUAUGUGACGGGUAUCUCACAGGGAGGGUGAGAAGAAUUAUUUCUUUUUCAGGUUGGGGCUGUUAAUUUAAUAGUGUUGUAAAUGCAUCUACCUACAGAAUGCUGUGCACGGUGCUAAAGUAACCUCCUGGUGCUAAGUGCAAGUAACACUCCACCCUCAUGCUACCUGGACAGUCACCUAUUCCAGGACAAAUCAUACUUAGAUCACUCUGUCCAGAGACAGCCGCGCCAUCACCCGUGUACUCACAGUAUCCCAGACUGUUCCAAUAGACGGUUCCUCCGUCCAGAGACAGCCGCGCC